AACAACAUUGUUAAAUUAUGAUAAUAAUACCUUGAUGGUUAUGCCAAAUAAGUCUGCCCUUUAUCGAUCCUUACAAAGGCAUAAAAAAUCGAUCUCUACCAUUAUAUUGCCUCCUAUCCCUAAGGAUCUCACUUUCUUAUAUCCGGAAUGUUACAGGGAUAUUCUCAAAUACGAUUCUGGGCCAGAUGGUAAUUUAAGAUUUAUAAUGUUGAGCCCGGUCGAACUACUCGAAGGAUUAUCAAGAUCGGAUAUAUGGAUAUGUGAUGGUACCUUUAAAAUUGUACCUGAAAUAUUCUUCCAACUUUAUACCAUCCACUUUCAAAUUGCACCGCGCGAAUCCUGUUGGUAUAUAUUGCUUAUUACCAAAUAAAACGGCGCAUACAUAUGCAAGGAUGAUAAAAGAGCUGAAACAAUUACUACCAGGGGCGCAUCCGAGGAAAAUAUUGGUGGAUUUCGAACAGGCACCGAUAAAUGCGUUUAGAGCUGGGUAUCCACUCGCAGAUAUCCUUGGAUGUUAUUUUCAUCUAAAACAGAGCGUUAAUAGAAAAAUAAACGAUUUGGGAUUAAAAGAGAUGUAUGAGUCGAAUGACGACUUUCGAUUAUAUAGUAGGUGUUUAUCGGCUCUUGCAUAUGUCCCAGAGGAUGAUGUUGGAAACUCAUUUGAUACUUUGGCAGAAAUAUUUGGUGAAUUGAAUGGCUCAUCUGAGCUAAUUUCCUACUUUGAGAAGACCUAUAUCCGAGGACGUAGAAAUCCCAGGCAACGAAAUAACUUUGCAGCGCCUUUAUAUAAUGUAAGACUAUGGAAUAAACACAAUUCCACGUUAGAAGGUGUCGCCCGAACACAACACCGUACUUAUCAAAGAAAUAUGAAGAUAUAAAAAGACGAAUUCAGAUUUGUGUUUCAAAUUACGGAUUGUCGGAUUCUUUAAUAUUUUUAAAAGCUAUUGCCCAUAUUUCGUGCAAUUAAAUAUAUUAUAAAUAAUUUAUAUUU